GGGGUUAGAGUAUAUACCGUGUGUGUAAAAGAUGUCAAGUCCAGCAUUUUCCAGACGUCUCACUGGGCGGGUCUUGUGAGUGUACAACUGAGCACUCGGUGGCGCUAGACUGUUCCGCAGUAGUUUCUGGAAGGUACCUCAUGCUUGCACCAUGGAGAAAGUCUCAGCUUUAAAAGACCAAGGCAACAAAGCUUUGAGUGCCGGAAAUAUUGAUGAGGCUGUGCGCUGCUACACUGAAGCACUGGCCCUCGACCCUACAAACCAUGUCCUUUACAGUAACCGCUCAGCUGCCUAUGCCAAGAAAGGCAAUUAUGAAAAUGCUCUGCAGGAUGCCUGUCAAACCAUCAAGAUUAAGCCUGACUGGGGCAAGGGUUACUCGCGAAAAGCUGCAGCAUUGGAAUUUCUUGGCCGACUAGAGGAUGCUAAAGCUACGUACCAUGAGGGCAUACGACAAGAGCCAAGCAAUCAGCAACUCAAGGAGGGUUUACAGAACAUAGAGGCCCGACUUGCAGAGAAGUCCAUGAUGAAUCCCUUUGCCAUGCCCAAUCUGCACCAAAAGCUUGAGAAUGAUCCCAGAACUCGUAAGUACAUGUCUGACCCAAGCUACUUAGAACUGCUGGAACAGCUCAAGGCCAGGCCCGCAGAGCUUGCCAUGUGGUUGCAGGAUCCCAGAGUGAAAGACACACUCUCUGUGGUGCUGGGACUGAAUUUCUCUGACCUGGAGGAAGAAGAGGAUCCAACACCUGCUCCUCCUCCUAAACCUAAGGAGACUCAGCCCCCGCCGUCGAAGGAGGAAGAUCUUCCUGAGAAUAAGAGAAUGGCCUUAAAGGAAAAAGAACUUGGUAAUAUUGCAUAUAAGAAAAAGGACUUCCAGGUGGCACUGCAACACUAUGAAGAAGCAAUCAAACAUGAUCCUACCAACAUGACCUACAUUUCUAAUCAAGCUGCUGUCUACUUCGAGAAAGGGGAGUAUGAUAAGUGCAGAGAACUCUGUGAGAAGGCGAUUGAUGUUGGCAGAGAGAACCGUGAAGACUACAGACAAAUUGCCAAGGCUUUAGCUAGGAUUGGAAAUGCCUACUUCAAAGAAGGAAAAUUCAAAGAAGCCAUCCAAUAUUUCAACAAGAGUUUGACCGAGCAUCGUACUCCAGAUGUCCUUAAAAAGUGUCAACAAGCAGAGAAGAUUCUAAAGGAGCAGGAAAAAAUGGCUUACAUCAACCCUGACUUGGCCCUGGAGGAGAAGAACAAAGGCAAUGAUGCGUUCCAAAAGGGAGACUACCCCCUGGCUAUGAAACAUUACAGUGAGGCCAUCAAGAGAAACCCAAGUGAUGCCAAACUCUUCAGUAACAGAGCAGCCUGUUACACAAAACUGUUGGAAUUUCAACUUGCUCUCAAGGAUUGUGAAGAGUGCAUUCGGCUUGAACCAACAUUCAUCAAAGGAUACACACGCAAAGGAGCGGCAUUGGAGGCCAUGAAAGACUAUUCAAAAGCUAUGGAUGUGUACCAGAAGGCAUUGGAGCUUGAUUCAAAUUCAAAGGAAGCGACAGAAGGCUUGCAGCGCUGCAUGGUCAGUCAAGCCAUGAGGAACGACAGUCCAGAGGAAGUGAAGAAGCGGGCCAUGGCAGACCCUGAAGUGCAACAGAUCAUGUCAGACCCGGCCAUGCGCAUGAUCCUGGAGCAAAUGCAGAAGGAUCCUCAAGCUCUCAGCGACCACUUAAAGAAUCCAGUUAUCGCCCAGAAGAUUCAAAAACUCAUCGAUGUUGGACUCAUAGCUAUUCGUUGAUUGGUGCACCAUACAAGGAAGAGGAAAGAGGAACUUAACAACAGCGGAACAAAUAUCAAAGCCCUCCAAAUUAUUCCACAUUACUCUUGCCUUCAAAUUCAAAGUUCCAUUGUUUUACUGUUAUUAGGCUCACAUAGACUUUGUAUGUUUGUUUUUUUUCAAUGACUUGAAUCUCUUUUGGUUGUAAUGUAUAUGAACCAGAGGACUUAAGAAUUCUCAAAAAUGGAUGCAACAUCCAUGGUAAAAAAUAAAUAAAAAUCAGCAAAUCAAUCACCACCGUUUGAGGUGAGAGGCACCUAAAAUGGUUCAUAGUGUAUUCCUUUGGGGACGCAUGACAGGAGGUAAUGGGACAUAAUUUAGACAGACAUUGCAUUUGAAUGAGCUGGCCACUCUCUUUAAGGUUGACUAAACAUAUGGUGCUUUAAAUAACUGGGUGUUUAGUUUGUCUUUGAACAAAUGUGCUGAAUUUCCUGAAGUUCAAUUGUGCCUGAAACAGGGCAGACAGAAAAGUUGUCAUGGCCAUUCGAUUAUUUUACAUGGAUGAGAAAAUGUUAAUGGGUAAUGAAAUAAAUGCUGAU